AUGAUUUACACUGAAGCUAUUUCGUCUGGAUGCAUGUGGACCAGUAGUGUUGCACCAUUGAGUCGACUUCUACUGUCAGGCCUAUCAGCCUCGUUUGCAAUACAGCCUCAAACGUGUACGAAAGUCACACCGUUCACGUCUGUCCUAGCAACGAGACUCCACAGUACAGCCAUGAGCCAGGCCCCGCCUCCUGUUGUGAUCAACGCGAAGAAGAAUCACACGUCGACUGUGAUUUUCCUUCACGGCCUUGGUGACCAAGGUGAUGGUUGGUCGGAUGUAUUUGCACAUGAAAUUCGUCAUGAUAACAUAAAGUAUAUCUGUCCUAGCAGUGCAUCUCGACCAGUAACGCUUAAUAUGGGUAUGCGAAUGCCGGCCUGGUUCGAUUUGUAUGGAUUAGACGCAUCUUCUAGGGAAGACGAUGAAGGAAUUGCGCAAGCUACUCGACUUGUACAUGGAAUGCUUGAUGCUGAAAUUGCAAAUGGAAUUCCAGCAGAGAAAAUAAUUCUUGGUGGUUUUUCGAUGGGCGGGGCUCUUGCUCUCUAUGCUGGUUUGACUUAUCAUCACAAACUCGGGGGUAUUGUUGGACUGAGUUCGUUCCUCAUUCAACGCGAUAAACUACCUGGUAAUCACAGAGCGAACCUCGCCACACCAAUUUUCCUUGGACACGGUUCAAAUGAUUUUCUAGUACCGUUAACAUUUGGUCAACUCACGGAAAGGAUGAUUAAGACCUUCAAUCCAAACGUGCAGUUACGUGUCUAUAAUGGAAUGGCGCACAGCAGUUGUGCAGAGGAGCUUCGUGACGUUAAAAACUUCAUUAAUGAGAGGGUAAACUAG